AUGGAGACAUCCUUAGGGCAAUGCCCACAGAGUGCAUUCAGAUAUGACUUGAUGUUCUUCUGGAUGACUAGCACCAUGAGCCGUGCCAAGGGGAAAAAGGUGGAACUGAGGGAUCUUCCCAUGCUUCCAUCUUCAGAUGCCAUUGCCUCGAUGACACUGCAGCAGACGUUGCGAAGUGUGGCCGCCAAAGAGGUCAUGACGUUGGUCUACGCGGCCAUCGCCAUGUUGUUGUAUUCAGUAUCGAUGACCCUGAUGCCAGUCGCAAUGAUGAUGGUCAUCAAGUGCGCAGAGACAGAGGAGACCAACGACUUUAACUGGUUAGAUCCUGCCUGGAGUCAACAAGAGGCAAUGCUAUGGUGGAUCAUCAUCUAUGUGGUGUUGCAAGCCAUCUCCGCCGUUGCAAAUCACUGGCAAUUUCACAUGGCCUACCACGCGGGUCAGCGCAUGAGAGCACAGGUGAUCAUGAUGGUCUUCCGGAAAGCUCUGAGAGUUGAUCCUCAAACAAGGCCUUCUGUGGGUCACACCUUGAAUCUGAUGUCGACAGAUGCUCAGAAGUUUCUGGAAGCCCUGCCCUUCCUCCACAAGCUUUGGGCUUCGCCGCUUCAAGUUCUUCUCGCCAGCAUUAUCCUUCUGGCCCUGGUAGAUGUGAGUGCUCUCUUCGGCAUUGCAGUGUUGCUGCUGGUGGUGCCUCUUUCUCGUCAUUUCGCCAAGCUCUUGGGCAGGUUCCGAGCAAAACAUUUGAUCUUCCAGGAUCAGCGGGUGCGCAUGUGUGUGGAGUUGCUGGAAGGAAUUCGAUGCAUCAAAUUCUUUGCCUGGGAGAAACCAUAUUUGCAGCGAGUUUUUGAGAAGCGCGCUCAUGAAAUCCACUGGGCCUUGCGUGAAUCCUUGAUCUUCGGUUUUUCCAUGAUCAUCGCUGUGUUGACUCCCAUGUUGGCCUUUACCGCAACGCUGGUGGCCUUUGUUUUGCAGGGAGAUGAGAGUCGAUUGACCGCCACACGGGUCUUCGGAACGUUGGCCCUGCUGAAUGCCUUGCGGUUUCCUAUUAUGGAUCUAGGCAGCAUGCUGGCGACCAUCGUCUCCUUGUACACUUCCUGGCAUCGCCUGGGACAUUUUUUCAGAUCCUCAGAGGCUGCUGUUCCGGUGGCAGCGUUGAAAGAUGAUGCGGAGCUGGUGCUCUCUCAUUGCAGCUUCAGUUGCAAGGAAGGAACGAAGGAAAUUUUCCGCCUGAAGAUGGACGUUGACUUGAAGGUGCGUCCUGGGGAGUUGGUGGUCAUCCUGGGCAAGGUGGGCAGCGGAAAGUCCACUCUGUUGCAAGGCAUCCUGGGAGAAAUCUGCCGCACUGGCACUGCUGCCGUGCGUGGCAGGAUCGCCUACUGCUCUCAACAACCUUGGAUUCGCAACGAGUCCUUGAGGGAAAACGUCUUAUUUGGUGAAGCUAUGGACAUGGAUUGGUACACACAGGUCCUAGACGCUUGCGGCCUGGCCAUGGAUCUGCAGCAACUCUCCCAUGGCGAUUUGACGGAGAUCGGGGAACGUGGCAUCACGCUGAGUGGAGGCCAGAAACAGCGUGUGGCCUUGGCGCGCGCCGUGUACCAUCGCAACUGCUCCCUGGUCUUGUUGGACGACGUGCUCUCAGCCUUGGAUGCGCACACCUCGCGACACAUCUUGCAGGCCCUGAUUGGUCCAUCUGGUCUCCUGAGAGACCGGGCCGUGCUGUUGGCAUCCCACAACACUGCGGCUGCAGAACGGGCACAGCGCGUUUUGCUGUUGGGUUCCACCGAAGGUCCAAGUGAUGCAGAGAAAACCACGGAAUCCUCCUUGCUCUUCGAUGGACCAUGGCAAAAACUCUGCGAAGAAAAGGCACUCUUGGAGCUCAUUGGACAGGCAAAUGUCGAAGCAGCUGGAGAAGGCGGUGAGAGUCACGAGACGCUGCAGGAGAGCUUGGAUUUGCAGAAGCUGCAAGUCAGCAAGCCCAAAGUAGGCAUGAUGAAAGCUGAAGACCAUAGUGGGAGCAUCUCCCGACGAUCCAUCAGCAUAUACCUGCGCUGCUGUGGAGGCUGGCGCGCCGUGUCCAUCUUUUUUCUGAGCUCGGUGCUUGAGCGAGUAAUGAUUGUGGGCAUGGACUGGUGGCUCUCACGCUGGACCACGCAGGUGACUGCAGAAGAAGCCAUAAUGGAGGUCGCGAACACGCGAAUUUCCAUUGCAGUGUUCACCAUCAGGGGUGGCCAGAAGCUCUUCGAACGUUUGGCGUUGCGUGUGGUUCGCGCGCCUAUGCGAUGGUGGGAUACUACGCCUUUAGGACGUGUCCUGAACCGAUUCAGCUUCGACACGGACAAUGUGGACACCACGUUGGUGACGAAGCUGUUUCCUGCCAUUAUGUCAUUGAGUUGGUGUGCUGGAGCCAUCGGAGUGAUGGUGGGAACAUUUUGGCCUUGGUCCUUGAUCUUCAUUCCCAUCCCAACCAUGAUCUAUCUCUGGCUCUUCCAGUUCUCGCGCAAGUCCAUUCGGCAAUUCCAGCAGCUGGAUAGCAUCUCCCGCAGCCCCAUCCAAUCCGUUUACUCAGAGGUCCUCAGUGGCAUUGUCAGCGUGCGAGCCUUUGCCUGCGAGGCCAAAUAUAGCGAGCGUUUGGCACGAGUCAUUGAUGUAAACUCUGCUGCGAUCUUGACAUUCAAUUCCUCGAACCGAUGGUUGGGUGUCAGGGUGGAGCUCUUGGCGGCUUUCGUCAGCAGCUUGCUCGGCUUGGGCUUCUGGUUGCUUCGGGGUCAAGUUCCCGCCAGCCUCAUCGGCAUGUGUUUCAUUUGGAAUACGAACCUCGCCACAUCGCUGGGUUUCAACUGCAUCUUCUCCAGUCAGGUACCUGACGAGGGAGAACAUCAGGAUUUGGACGGAGCAAGGAGCGAUAUCAAGGAAUCCAUAACGAAAUCAGACGUUCUGCUGUCCUUUGAGAAGGUCUGUUUACGAUAUCAACCUGGCCUUCCUUUGGCCCUGAACUCGGUCUCCUUCCAACUGGGCCGGAAGGAGCGUUUGGCUGUGGUGGGUCGCACUGGCUCUGGCAAAUCCACCCUGGCCGUGGCCUUGUUCCGCCUUUGUCCCUUGGAGGAGGGUCGGGUGAUCUUGCAGGGCCAGGAUUUGGCGGAGUUGCAGCGUGGCCGUGAAGGGCGAAGGUUCCCUGCUGCUGCCAACACGCCCAAGGAUCCAGUGAUUUUCAGUGGCACGGUACACUACAACCUGGAUCCCUUCAACGAAUUUGAUGCAGCGAGAUGUUCAGAGGCACUGCAUCGAGCCCAAUUGGCGGAGACCUUGCAGUUGGAGACACAAAUCGACCAGGCGGGCGCGAAUCUCUCCGUAGGUGAGCGACAACUGUUGUGUUUGGCACGGGCGUUGCUUCGGAGCCCGCGACUCCUGGUUUGUGAUGAGGCCACCAGCUCGGUGGAUGCCAAGACUGACAGCGCCGUGCAGCGCUGCUUGCGUGAGGCGGUGGCGUUCCUUGGCGCGGCGAGGAACUUUGACGUCAGUUUGCUGACCAUUGCGCACCGCCUUGUGACUAUUGCUGACUAUGACAAGGUGCCGUUGGCGCAGGUCAUGUUGCUUGAAGCUGGUCGAAUGAAGGAGUUCGAUUCACCGAGGAACUUGAUUUCAGAUGAGAACUCUGCCUUCUCCCAAUUGGUAGAGAGUCUCUCAGCGAGGAAUGCAGCUGCUUUACCAUAUGUGCUCGCU